CGAACGCUCUUCAGUGUGGUUAUUCAUUGUGAAAUUAAAAAUCAAAAUUGAAACAAGCCGAAGCAAACGCAGCGGAUAAAACGCGCUAAGAAAUCUCAAGUGAAAAAGUUACGGAAAGAAUUUCAUAACAAAUCAAGAAAAUUUAAGUUUAGCGGAAAAUCGCGAAAAACUACCGGCAAAUCAUAAACAAAACGCAGUGGAUUAAAUUUACACAGCAAAGAAACAAAAACAAUCAAAAAGAAGUGUUAAAAACAAAAAAUUGUCACAAAAGACAUUUUGCAUACAAAAAAUUUGAACAAUUUGAAGAAUUUGAAAAAUUUGAAGAAUUCAAAGAAUUUAAAGAAAUUGAAACUUUCUGAAGAAAGCAGUGUUAAAAUCACAAACUUUAUAAGUUUACAAAAAUCUACACAAACCUCAGCGGAUAUAGCUGCCUACCUUACAACAGUGCAAUAUAAAAGCCUGAAAAUUCCUCCAUACGAGCAACACUUUGCCUUUACUAGUGAACACAAAAUGGUCGUAGAAGAAACCCAAUACCACAGUAUUUCCAAUAAAGAAAACAUUGACAACGCCGUCAUGGAUUACUCAAAAAUUGGACGCACAGUCAAGUCAGCAUUGCUGAAAGCCCAAGCUGAAUCCCGUGUCAUUGUGGGCCUCAGUGCAGCCAUUAAAGUCUUAUCGAAUGCACCUGAAGGUUCACUCUUCUGUUUGAUGGCUGUACCAGAAGACGGUGACUCUGCCAUGCACAUGCAUGAGGUGCUACUCGAAGCCUUCUGCUAUGAGAACGACAUUUACGUCAUCAAAGUCGACAGCGCAGCCAAAUUAAGCCGCAUCUUGGGUAAAACAGAUAUGGAAUCAUGCUGUCUUGUACAGAAAAGCUGGUCUGGUGAUGAUCAGCACGAAGAACAACUCAACAAAUCAGAAAAUCUAUUAGUUGACUAUUGUGAAGCAUUUUGGGAUUCACCACAGCAUCCCAUUGUUGAGCUACCAAACGUGUGAAUUUGUGUGUGUGUGUGUGUGUGCAGUAAGCAAUUUUGAACAAAAUCCCUACUGAGAGGGUAAAAAUGGUUUAAAAAUAAUGAAAUACGUCCACGGUGUCUGGAUAAUGCCGACAUUUGCUGAAUGUUGAUAUAAUAACAAACAAAUUUUGGAUAAUAAUGGAGUAACCCUAAUUUAAGUUAUCUACUUAAUACUUAACAAUUAACGGGAAUAUUCAAGUUGCAAGUAUUCCAAAACUUAUGUAUGUAUGUAAGACUAUCUAUCACAAGCUUACGUUUAAGUUAAAA